AUGUUUGAUGAAGUUGUACAGAAGCUGACCCCCCGAUUGACCAAACAAGACACCAAUUACCGACCAAGCCUGGAACCUGGUCUCAAAGUGGCAAUCACCCUACGGCACCUGGCCUCUGGUAACACCUACAGAAACAUGCAAUACGCCUGGAGGGUUCCCCACAACACCAUCAGUGUGUUAGUUAGAGAAGUGGUAAAGGCAAUCAUUGAGGAGUACACAGAUGAAUUGUUGUUUUGCCCAACAACUGAACAAGGAUGGAGAGACCUGGCUGAUAAAUGGUACCAGAGAUGGAACUUUCCCCACAAAGUUGGUGCCAUUGAUGGCAAGCACGUGGCCUGUAAAGCUCCUCCUAACUCUGGCUCAGAAUUCUACAACUAUAAAGGCUUUUACAGCGUGAUUCUGUUUGCCAUGGUGGAUGCUGACUACAAAAUCACCUACAUUUACGUCUCAGGCAAUGGCUCAUCCUCAGACACUCAGAUCUACAAUGAAAGUGAUCUCCAUCGUGGGCUGGACCAGAACAGGAUUCAUGCCUUUCUUCCGCCAGACCCCCUACCCAAUGGCAAUCAGAAUGUCCCUUACUUUAUCAUCGGAGAUGACGCCUUCUCACUGCGGACCUACCCCAUGAAGCCGUACAGCACCAGAAAGCUCACCCAUGAAGAGCGCAUCUUCAACUAUCGGCUGUCCAGGGCAAGACGGGUCGUGGAGAACGCAUUUGGCAUCCUGGCCAAUAGGUUCCAGAUUCUGCUCACCACCAUGCAACAUCACCAUGAAACUGUCAGAACCAUCGUGGAAGCUUGCUGCAUCCUCCACAACCUGAUGCGCACCCGCUAUCCAGUGCUCCAGAACAGAAUUGUGGACCGUGCACAACCAGAUGGCAAACUGCAGCCUGGGGCAUGGAGAGAAGGACGGAACUUGGAGGACACUAUCGUCGUGCAAGGCCAAAACACAGCCUCGCGUAAUGGGAAGAGGCAGCGUAACCUACUCAAGCAUUGGUGCAACUCCCUUGCAGGAUCAGUGUACUGGCAGGAAAGAAUGGUGGCUAUCAACUGA